CGGUGCAUUAGAUCGUUUAGGCAACUGUCAUUUUCCAAGUUCGGUACGCGGAGAUAACUCUCUCUCUCGUUUUUUUUUAAAUGUAAAACAACGGGACAAUUUCUAUUAUAGAUAUUAAGAAUACCUGUGAUAAAUCUACUCAGAAUGGCUCACAGUUCUCAAACUUAUGGGUCUACGGACCAGCGGACUGAUGUACCUGAUGUAGGAUUUAGUCCUACUGAGCUUUAUAAUCUCAGUGAAAAUAUAACCACUAAUAUAUAUACAAUUAAUACAAGCUGGAGAACUCUCGAACGUUCAUACAAAAACAUUGGAACAAACAAAGAUAACACAGCUCUCAGGGAUAAAGUACACGAAACGCAAUACGUUACAAAUCAAGUCGUAACUCAAACCAGCAAAGAUAUCGCAAGACUUACUGUAUUAAUGAGGCGAGGUGAUAAACAACAAAAAUUGCAAAUUGAAAAGUUAACAACUGAUUUUAAAGAUGCAUUGCAACGAUAUUCAGCUAUGCAAAUGUCGAUUGCUGAGAAAAUGAAGAAUAAUAUUUUGACUACCAGUAAUGUAGAAAAUAUUUCCGAAGGCGAUGACGAAGGAGAAAGGCAAAGUUUGCUUCAAAUUCAAGAUGAUGAACGCAGAGCAACACAAAGAAGUCUUGAAUUUCAACAAGGAUUACUGCUGGAGAGAGAAGAUAGGAUAAAGUGCAUUGAAGGUGAUAUAUUGGAUGUAAAUCAAAUUAUGCGAGAACUUGCGGCAUUGGCAUAUCAACAAGGAGAUACUAUUAACACCGUUGAUAACCAUAUAGAAAAUAUUUAUGGCAAUGUUGAGUUGGGAGCACAAGAAUUAAUUAAGGGAAGUAAUUACCAAAGCAAGUUUCGCCGAAAAGUAUAUCUUUUCUUGUUACUUGCAAUAAUAGUCGCCAUUGUAGUAAUUAUUAUUCUAGUCACUAAAUUAAGUUAGCGCUCCUAACUGAUAUAGGUGACAAGAUUUUAUCAAAAAGGGCUGUCUCAAUCUAUUCUUAUUAUUAUUACUAUUAUAAUAUACGAUUCUUAGAAAUAUCGCUAUGUUGAAGUUGCUAUUAUUAUUAUUUUGGUAUUUUAUUAUUAUUAUUAUUAUAUUUUUGAAUUCGAACUGGAAAGAGAAUAGAGACUUGUUCCUUUUUUUUUUCUUUUUUUUUUUUUGUAUAU